AUGAGGAUUACGGCACGACAAGCAUUUUCAACGAAUCUUACUGUUAAUUACUUUAUUAAACAGUCCCACGGCGCCGCGGUACGGUGGACUGAGGGAACCGUCAACGGUGUAGAGCGAAUUGUGAUCUCUCCAUUGGGUAGACUGUUGGCGGAGCUGCCGGUGGAGCUGAGCAUCGGGCGGGUGUUGGUAAUGGCAUCGCUUUUUCGACUGGUGGAGCCAGUGCUAACUCUCGCCACCGGUAUGGCCGUUCAAAGUCCCGUGGGUGCCGCGCGCAGCGGCGAGUCUCGUCUUCGGCAGGCGGAGGCUCUCCGACCCUUUGAAAAUGAUCAUGGCACGCCCUUCAUGAUAGCCGAUCUCUUUGAUGAGUGGCUGCAGAUCAAGUCGCGUUCGGCAGCUCGCGUUGGUCUCCUUCGCCGCGAUAAUUUAGAGGAGACGGUGGAGGAUCAGCAGAAUACCUCGGCGCAGCGCUGGGCUCGGCGACUGGGCCUAGAAGAGCAGCGUCUUUAUGAAAUGGUCCGUUUACGCGGUCAGUUUCUCCAGCUGCUGAAGGAUGCUGGCCUCUACGUGACUGACGACAAGAAUGGAGACAAAACUGCAACUGGUAGCAACCAUCGAAGACUUCUGCAACAAGCCCGCCAUCGAGAGCAUCUGAAAGGCAAGCGAAGGCGGAUGCUAACUCUACAAGACAAUGACGAUGCUGAAAGCGGUGAUGAUAGUGGAGAAAAUGCGGAGGGUGAGGGAAGCACCAGUUCAAUCACCGCCUCGAGCAUUUCUCGUCUGCAUAGUUGGCUACGCGGUCGUAAGGACGGCCGAAGAAUAGGCGAUCUGGGAGCCUCAUUAGAGGGCACGAGCUUGUCAGUUCGUGACCUUGAGUUGAUACUGUGCCACGAUCUUGAGGGUCUCUCGCGGUGGGCCGAUCACCACCGUCGACGCACCCAUGGCGACCUUCUGCUCCUCAAGGUUGUCCUUGCUGCUGGUCUCUACCCUCAGAUAGCUGUGCCUGACCCCGCCAACGCAUAUCGCGUUGCCAACAGGGGCGGGGCAGCUGGGCCUGGCGCUGAGAUGGUAUUUCACACUCCU